UCUCCGUGAAAAAUUAAUUUGCAAAGAGAACAUAACGUUCGAAAUGGCUUAUACAUCAUAUUACAUUUUCUCUAUUGGAAUGAUUUUUAAUUCAAUCAAUAACAGUGGUGGAACUUGUACAUUACCUUCUUAUAUGACUGGUACCUGGUAUGAUAAUAAAUUCAUCGAGAUUGAAUUCAGCAGUGGAACAGUAAUGUUUAUGAACCAGUACAGCAUUACAAGAUCCGGAUCUACAACUAAUCUGACAUGUCAUAUAAGUAGUGGCAAAAAAUAUGUAAUGAGAACAUCUGACACAAUAUCUGCGACUAUUUCUGGUGUUCCCGGAAAUUACUACUACUUCUUGUGUAUGGAAGUUACUAAGAUUACAGAUUAUUCAUUUUAUCAUUACAUGCAGUCAGACGAAGAUACCAAUGGGGAAAGAACUUUCGCCAUGAUUGAUUCAGACGAUGUAAUCAGCAUUUCCGACAUCUGUACAACUACAACAGCAGCCGAACUUUUCCAGAUCAUGGUCCGUGCAGGCUUCGAAAAUGAUGCUCUUCAACUUUGUUCAGAACCGUUUCUAGGCAACUUUUCGUUUAUACUUUACGAUACCUUGAAUACUGAAAGUACUGGUAAUCUGAAUUCCUGCAGUGGGUCUAAAACAACUAUCAAUAUGACGUACUCUACAGGAGCGAGCAACACACUCAAAGUAGGAUUUUCAGAUGGUGGAUACAUAGGAUGUAUGGCAAACAUUAAGUCAGGAUCUCAAUACUUCACAAGCUGGUAUAAUUUUGACAGUUCAACGACUCUAACAGUAAACCCUAGAUUUACUUGCCUGAUUGUUAAAUAUAAUGGAACUAGUGUCACGGCUUCGCAGAGGGUGAGAAUGUGCCAUGAAGGUCAGGAAUCAACAUCUAAACCAUCCGACACAACUCCAUUGUAUCCAUCUUAUACACAGACCGCAGGUGGUUUGCUCACACUGACUCCAUAUGAAGCUUAA